UCCUUUGACUUCUCACCCGCAGAUUUCUUUGAUCAGCGCAAUUCUGUCGGGCAGUACCACACUGGCGACAUCACACUACGAUGGCGUGUCGAAGGUCAGGAUGAGUGGAGCGAGAUUGACACUGCGGUCAAGAGGAACUCGAAACCGAGGUCGUUCACCGAUGUGACGGGCGUGCUGCUUCGCUCGACCUUCGAUGGUAUCUUUCCUGACGCAGAGACCAUCGGCAUAACAAGGGACUGGACUACCGACGAUGGAGAUCUUAUUUUGCAGGCUACCAUAACAAACAAAGGCAAUGAAACUCUGGAGAUUGGAGCAUUCGGCUUUCCCCUCGAAUUCAACAGCAUCUUUACGACACGCAAGGAUAUCACUGCAGAAUGCGUCCUCAUUGACCCGUACAUCGGACUGGACGCCGGCUAUGUUCAAGUCACUCGACUCACCGGCACGGGACCGAAUCUUGUCGUCACUCCGUACGGCAAUUCAAGUAAAUUCGAAGCAUGGCGAUUUCUCACCGAAGACGAUGUUGGCGAGCCAUUCUACUAUCAGUCGCAGACUUUCGAGGGAUUCUAUGCGUGGCAGACGCUGAGCAAGGCCUAUGCCGAGAAUGAGUGGAACAGUACGGAGCCGUGGAACGUUCCUACUUCGGCCAUACUUGAGGCGGGUGAGAAUAUCACAUUCGGAUUGAGACUUGGGGUGGCCGGACAGAUUCAUGAGAUUGAGGAUACCGUCGCGGCGACCAAUGUUCCCAUUGCUGUGGGACUCCCCGGCUAUGUCCUGCCUUGCGACACCAACGGAAAGCUAUUUCUCAGGUCGCCUGCAGCGGUCAAGGCUAUCACGAUUGAGCCGAGCGAUGCUCUAAUACUCACAGAGGCCAAAGCCAAGAACACUGCUUGGGUGGCAUACGACGUGACACCAGCCCAGGGUAGUUUCGGAAGAGCACGAGUCGCCAUCUCAUAUCAAGACGGCAGAACUCAGACGGUGCACUACUUUCUCACCGACACCCAACGAGACACCGCCACAAAAUACGCAGAAUUCCUGUUCAAUCAGCAAUACUACACGGACACGACCGAUGUCUUCCGUCGAGCUCCUUCCGUGAUUACCUACGAUUACGAAGAGAGGUCUCAACUUCUCCAAUCUCAAAGCACCUGGUUUGCAGGUCUUUCCGAUGAAGCAGGAGCCGGUUCCUACCUUGCAGCAGCAAUGAAGACUUCCGCUCAUCCCGUUCCGGAACAAGUUCAAAAGUUGGAGGAAAUGGUGAAGACCGUCAUCUGGGGCUGGCUGCACAACAGCGAGGGCGAUACAAAAAACGAAACAAAUCUCAGAUACGGUGUCAAGAAGAGCCUGUUCUACUAUGAUCCUGAAGCUUUACCGGACUUCCCUUACGACAAAUCCAUUGAGUGGGCACCACCAUUCCCAUCCUGGUCGAAGAAGGAAGCAGACUCCUUCACUCGGGCGUAUGAUUAUGUGCACGUCAGUGCGUUGUACUGGGCACUGUAUACCGCGGAGCGAGUUUCGCCCGGGGUUCUCCAUCUGCAGAACUCGACCUGGUAUCUCAAUCAGGCUUGCGAGACGAUCAUUGCGACAAAUGCGACGGAUGUGAACGGGAGUGACAUCGUGGAUUAUGCGUUUGCGGGAUUGAUGGGAGAGACCGUGUGGCUUGAGAUCUUGAAGGCCUUGAAAGAGGAGAAGAUGAUGGAUCAAGUUGCGAAGGUGGAGGAGUUCAUGGGUGAACGGCAGAGGUAUUGGGCCAGUCUCGAUCAGCCAUAUGGGAGCGAGAUGGCUUGGGACUCGACUGGGCAGGAAGGUGUCUAUCAAUGGUCGAAGUACUUUGGGAACGACACUGUUGUUGAGAAGACGCUGGCUUCCAUCCGUGGCUACAUGCCCACGGUCGCUCACUGGGCAUGGAAUGGCAAUGCCCGUCGUUAUUGGGACUUCAUAUAUGCCGGAAAACUUCAGCGGAUUGAGCGCAUGGUACACCAUUACGGCUCCGGUCUCAACGCCAUUCCUCUGCUGGAUUCCUACAAAUACAACAAGUCGCCUGCCAGCGCUGCCGCCUUCCAUGAUCUUCGUGUUGGCUAUGGAGGCACCAUGGGAGCUACAACGAAUGUCAACGCCGAAGGCUUCGCCUCUGUGGCCUUUCACUCAUUCCCAGAUACAAUGAAAUGGGACGCAUACUCGGGCGACAGCGGCGUCAGCUAUUCAGGUCAUGUCCUUGCAUCGAGAACGUUUCUUGUUGAUCAUUCGGACUACGGCUGGGUCUGCUUCGGCGGAAAUGUCGAGGAGAGUUAUGACGGCAAAAUUCACGUUCGACCAUUGGACACCGUGCAGCGGAAAAUCUACGUUGCAUCCAUGGGACUGGCCGUUGAGUUUGAUGCUGGCGUGAUCUCGAGCUUCGAAUAUGAUCCAGCUACCAGGUCUGUCAAGAUC